AUGUUCUCCAGAACUGCUGUUGUCCUCUCUUUCUUGGCAGUCGCCACCUCGGGAUUCAGUGUCCGCCCAUCGGCCAAGAACACUGUCCAAGAUGCUCAAGAGCAGCUCACCAAGAAGAUUCGGUGCUGGGAGCCAAUCGAGGAGAACAUUGCUGGAAACAACUUCUCUGGAAAGCACACACUCAGCGAGCCAAUCUACGACCUCUGCUCCUAUAUGCCGGACCCAAAGAACUGGAACAAAGGAUACGUCAACGGUGUCGACAUGGACUCUGACGACUACACCAACGUCUUCAACUUCUUCCAAGUCACCCACCCAAGACUUGCCAUGCUCAAUGUCUGCCUUCAAGAGGCAUUCCAAUUCCACGUCGCCGGACGUCCAUCACAGACUUCAAUCCGUUGUCUGUGCAAGAGAGAUGGCUGCAACCUGCCGAAGGAAUUUACCACGUUCCUGGACUUCAACAAGCUCCCAAUGCCAGAGACUUCUUUCUAA